AUAUGCUCUGGUAAGCAUGCAAUUGCAGAGUAUCUCAUCCAGCAUCAAGGGUUCCAGCUACUCGAACUUAAAAGUAGAAAGUUUCCUCGAAUAGCUGAUGAACCUGAGGAUGAUCGACGGCUACAGGCAUCGGAGUUCACGGAUAAAGAGAGAAAUCAGUCACCGCAGCUAUUAUUUGAAAGUGCAGAAUCGCUUCUAGAUUUUGCAACAAAAAGCUGGCAAGGCCUCUGGGUAACAACAGAUAUUUGGGAGAGUGUUACCCUAGAUCGCUUUCUUCAACGCCCGUUUUUCCUCCUAGUGAGCGUCGACGCACCUGUCAGUCUCCGAUGGCAGCGAUUUGGAGAGAGGUGUCGGAGGAGGCAGCUUGAGGCCCCGCCUCUCGAGAAGUUUGUGCUCUGGAAUGAUCGACAUCUAUAUGAUAAAAAUAUCGGGCGUGUCUAUUUGACCGACCGGGCACAGGUUCGAUUGUUCAAUUCAUCGUCUUCAUUGGAGGAACUGCAUUCUGCUCUCGCGGGACUUAACCUAGCUGAUGAGGAGCGCUUACGACCAAACUGGGAUCAGUACUUCAUGCAAUUGGCAUCUCUUGCCGCGCAGCGGAGUAACUGUAUGAAGAGAAGGGUGGGGUGUGUGCUUGUUCGGGAACGCCGUGUCAUCAGUACUGGAUACAACGGAACUCCACGACAUCUCAGAAACUGCAACGAGGCAGGCUGCCCAAGAUGCAACCGAGGUGAAGGUGGAGGUGUCGGUUUGUCCACGUGUCUUUGCCUACAUGCAGAAGAGAACGCUCUGCUAGAGGCUGGAAGGGAGCGCAUACGAGAAGGCACAAUACUUUAUUGUGACACGUGCCCUUGCUUGACAUGCACGGUAAAAAUUGCCCAGGUUGGCAUUUCUGAAGUCGUAUACUCACAGGGAUAUAAUAUGGACCAAGAUAGCGCUGCAAUUCUAGAGUCCGCUGGUGUUCGCCUUCGACAGUUUUCUCCUCCUCGAAACGGACUUAUCUAUCUCGAGGGAUCAGCUAACAAUAAGCAAUAA